AUGAACGAGCUCAAACAGCAUUUGUUUCUCCAGCGAAUAUUAUUCAUUUUCGAGGUCACCAAGAGAUCAGCUGGAAAAGCACAAGUACUACGAUUGUCACUCCAGCAGUGGAACUCAGAGGUUGAUGUAUUGUGCUUGGCUGGCUUUGUGAUCGAGGAAAUGCAGCGUUUCAGGGAUCCCAACAACUUGGCUGUGUUCACGAAUGAAACACUGGCUAUAGUGAUGAGCCGGGUGAUUGAAGGGGACUUCCAUGAAGAGCUGCGGCCGUUGGUGGAGGGCAUGGACCCAGCUUGGAAGGCAGAUAUGUGCUCAAUGUGGGUUGAGCACCACCCUACUGCCAAAGCCUCCGAGGAAGGCUCCCAACUUGUUGACCAAAAGUUGGACAAGAUGGUGCUUGAAAGCAACAAGCUCCAGUAUGAGGCAGAUGCCCUCUCUUUGGCGUGCGACGCGUCCCAACUGGCUCGCUUGUUUCAAGCCGAUCAAAAUUCUGAACGAGCGGCCAGGAUCGCGAAGAUUUGCCACCUUCGCCAGGAGAACCAGAUUGGAUCCAACCUGGCCGCGCAGUUCAUGGCCAAGCACUGUCAUCACAGAGCUGGACCUGUUGCAGACCUUCAUGAAGAACUCUUCAAGUUCACGACCAAGCUCAAAGCGGACAAUGGAUCUCUGGUCAUGUGGGUUGACUACAUGAAGUUGGGACGCUUAUCGACACAGGACCUGAACAUGACCUGCGACUCCAUCCGGAAGGGGCUCGACUGGAAGAAAGGGGGAAGCCUAUUGGGGGAUGUGCGUCAAUUCGAUCCCAAUCCUCCACCACCAGAAGCAGUGGACGCAACAUCAUUUCCUUUGAAGCUUGCCCACUUGACAGUGGACAACAACCUCAAAGGAGUGAAGAAGUACAAGGUGGAGCUUCCAAACGCAGUGAGAACCGCACAUAUCAAUGACGCUAUCAAUGGCCCUGCAUGGCGCAAUUUGGUCUUGGACUUCGACAAGAAGCCUUUGGGUUUGUUAAGCCAGUUCUGCACGACUGCUGGGCCAACAGAUCCCACGGAGCAAGCUAUCGCGCCUGUCGAAGAGCCGCCGCCACCAGCUUUCGCCUUGGAGCCAGACAACAUUGAUGCUUUGAUAGAGCAGUAUACGGUUGAGAACAAGAUUCCG